GGAAGUUGUAAUUGCCAUGUUUGGCUGCUUUGUUGUAGAUUCCUUGUAGGUCUCCUGCAGAUUUUAGCAUAAGUCUUGCAAUGGAGCCGAGCUGGAGUACGUUUUUAUUUCAGCAGGCCAAUGAGGCUAUGCAUCACCAGCACCAAGUAGCCGGAAACAGCCUCUUGCCUUUGCUCAAUUCUGGAACGGAGCCACCUGAUCAGAAACCGGUGCUGCCUAUUCCUUUGGACCAGAAACCCCCUGUCAGUGCUGCAGAACUUCUUAAAGACAAUGUGGCCAGUGGGACUGGAGGAGGGGUUGGUGGGCCUCCAAUUACCAUGAUCAAAAAGGAGCCCAAGUCAAAGACGCCCUUCAUCUGCGGCUACUGCAACAAGGCUUUCCGAGACAGCUACCACCUGCGGCGGCACGAGUCCUGCCACACUGGCAUCAAGAUGGUUUCACGACCGAAGAAGACUCAAACUGCCCCCACCAUGGUGCCACUUAUAUCCACUGUACCACGUGAAAAUAGCGGAAACCCUUCAUAUAUUACUACUGUAGCUGGUAUCUUGACAACAGCCACCACGUCAACAGCCACAGGUACGAGCAUCAUGACCCCAAUGCAACACCAACAGCAGCAGAGCAUCCCUAAAAAGCCCCCCAAGCCAGUGAAAAAAAAUCACGGUUGCGACAUGUGUGGUAAAGCCUUCAGAGAUGUAUAUCACCUCAACCGCCACAAACUGUCGCAUUCUGAUGAGAAGCCGUUUGAGUGUCCUAUCUGCCAGCAGAGGUUCAAGAGGAAGGACCGCAUGACAUACCAUGUCCGCUCCCAUGACGGAGGAGUUCACAAGCCUUACAUCUGUUCUGUCUGUGGGAAGGGCUUCUCCAGACCUGAUCACCUAAGCUGUCAUGUCAAGCAUGUCCAUUCUUCAGAGAGGCCAUUCAAGUGCCAAGUAACAGCUUGUACCUCCGCCUUCGCUACCAAAGACCGUCUGCGCUCCCACAUGAUCAGGCACGAAGGCAAAGUGACCUGCAACAUCUGUGGCAAAAUGCUAAGUGCUGCCUAUAUCACAAGUCACCUCAAGACACAUGGCCAGGCCAGCUUCAGCAACCCAUGUAACAAUAAAGGCAUAAGUGACUGGCAGUGGAACCACUCAGGGCCACGAAAAGGUGAGUUGACAGUAGGAGAGAUUUUAAAUAACUCCUUCCAAGUCCUAAUUGACAACUCUCACAAAGAUGCCAACAGUGUGCACAACAACUCCAACACAACGCCGGUCAGCAACUCGGCAGCCAUUACUUCAUCUUUGAACCGGGUCGGCCAUUCCAGCCACCCAAUCACCAUCGCUGCGCAGAUGAACAUCGCCACCAGCACGGUCAACAUCACGUCACCGAUCAACCUACAGCACCCUGUUACCAUAACCGGCCCAGUGAACCUGGCCUCUGUCAACAUACCAACAACAGCACACAUGAAUAUUGCCCACCCAGUUGCUAUCACCUCUCCCAUGUCUAUGAAUAUCACCGGGCCACUCAACAUUGCCAUGCGCCCCAUGGAUAGCAUGCCUUUUCUAUCCCAAGUCCUGCCUUCCUCCCCUCCUUGGUAGAACUGUGUUAGCCCCUGUAACAGCAGAUAAUGUUUGAACUGCCCAAUAAUACAUCAGCCUGUCAAAUCUAAGAAAUGUCUCUCAAAAUGGUUGAUAGUGCGUUUAAUUAAAAGGUGAUAAUGAAUGUUAUACGACCACAAAAAUAGUAACCAAUGAUCUUUACUGGCAGGAGCCAUUAUUAUGGCAAAUGUUGGCAGUUUUCAUGUAAUAACGGGAUUUUUAUGUGGUGAUGUGAUGGCCUCCACUCUCCAAAGUCAACUUUUCACACAGGGAUAGACAUUAAAUUUCGUACCUCUUAACUGCCUGACUGACCUGAAUGGUGUCAAAGGCGGCAGAGCAUUUUAGAGAACGUGUUUCAUAUUCAUAACAUGACCUUAUGGGAUACAGUUUCUGUGUAAAUAAGGACAAUUUUAUACCAAAGAUUUUCUAACUAUAGGGUUUCCACCAAAUUAUAUAUUUUGAAAGAUUACUAGAAAACCUUUAAACAAAGGAUCAAAGUGUAAUGAACCUGGUGAGCUUUCUCAUCUGCUCUGGAACUGUGAGAGGAGGGGUGACAUGGGGAGCCUGUUUAGAAAUUUAACAGUUGCAGCCAACAUGUUCAAAUGUUGCGUCCUUCCUGAGACUCGUGUACAGUAUGUUGCAAUAAUAAUGCUCCUUAUUUCAGUAUGAUAUGUUUACCUGCUUGCAUUACUGGCAAAUAAUCGUGAACUUCAUAAAACUUCAAAACCAAAAGUGCAUUUUCUUACACUUUGAUUAGACAAUGGUUAGAUGGGCAGUUCAUACAUUUUCAGCUGCUGCAUUUUCACCUGUGUUUUGCUUCUUUUUAUUCCUUGCUCUCCACUUUCUACAAACGUGGGCAGUUUGUGUUACUAUGAUAGUUGACAGUUAGCUGGCUCACUGCAGCAGUGAUGGCAGUUAACACAAUAUAUGCUGUUAGAGUCUAGCCCUCUGAGUGUAUUUUUGCACCUACAUUUUUCAGUCUGUUUAAUCUGACUCGUGGCACGAUUUGUUUGGAGAGCUGUGAACAUGCUGAUCACACCAAAUCUACCCCACCAAGACCCUUGAAAGGGGGUCGAUUUUGUCUGGUCCCAAACAAAUUCUGGAGCGGUAUGUUUGUGGAGGAAACGUGGUCUGACCAUGGUCUUUGAGCUUUGCAUUUUGGAAUGCCAUGUACAAACUGUAGCAACUAGUGUGAUAAUGGUAGUAACUGCAAAUCGGUCUUACUUGGACCAGUGAUUAGCAACAAGAAACCUCCCAACAGUCUUACUUUUUGCCCCCAAAACAUCUGACCAGUAGAUGGAAAGAGUUUUGAUGUUGUUUGUAGUGAUGCAUUUUCGCUCAAGAUUUUCUGUGUGAAUAGAAAACGAACAGGAUAAUUAGCCAAGUUCACAAACUCACCAACCAAAUCUGACCAAAGCAAACUAUAGGUGUGAAAAUGCCCUUGGAGCCCUUUCCCCACAAUUCUUUAACUAUUCUUCAGCCAAUGAAGGUUCGGGUCUUGUAAAAAUGACUAGUUGAAAUUUAUUUCUUCAACUGGCCAUCUGACUUCCAACAUGGAUGACGUGCGAUAACUUAACUAUACCUGAGGCAUUGUUUAGCAACUGCGUCAAUGGAAUCGAUUGCCAGAGUUGUUAUGAAUUACUUCCUCUUGAGGCAUAUUUUUUCAUGUUCAUGUUUUUUCCUAUUGUUUUAGCUGACUUAUCAGUAUUUAAUAGUUAAUGUAUUUUAAAGGUAAACAACAGAAGAACAAAGCUUCCACUUUGGGGAAGGGUGAGUGCUAUUUUGGAUUUCACUGUUGAUUCAAAGGCUGGUUAGAUCCAUCAGCUUCUACCGUGUCUGUAUUUUUGAAAUAUUUGGGAACCAGUCACUCCUCACUGCUGGAUAUUCUACAUAAGUUUAUCUGUGACAUUUGUUAGGACUUUUUUUAUGUAUUUAUAUCAGGAUAUGACAGUUGAAGGUACAACUAGGAGGAAGUGUCUAGUAUUGAAAGCACGUCCUCUUGUGUGUCCCUUUUUUAAAAUCACAGUAUUAUUCAAAUGAUUUGACAUUUUGAUUACUGUGGACCUUUGUAACUGUAGAGGUCAGAAGAGCUACAAGGUGGCUCAUGAGACUUGUGUGCUAUGGAAGCAUUUCCAAAGUCAACUAUUUUGGUAUGUUUGUUUGGGUAGGUUGUUUACUUUAGCAGGUAUAGGAUCCCAUCACUGUCAGUCAAACUCAGGGGGGUUACUGAGAAUAGUCUUUUAAACCAGGUUCAACAAUUUACACACUGACCAUUUCUUUGUAAAUAUGAAACACUAUUUUUAUGUCUUUUACCUGUGAGAGUGAACCUCUUGACUUACCACAGGCUAGCAAUGCAAGAACUAAUUCACCACUGGUGUGGCCGUCCAUCCUGGAGGGGACAGAGAAAUGAGCAAAGGCUAAUAAAAGGAUAAGAAAGGUGACAGUUUCUUUUGAUAAGUCAAUUGCAUUAAAGUCCAAAAACCAACAAUUUACAUGCCAACAAGUAGCAUCUGUUGAAGGCUACAGCUUGAUUUACAGGAGCUUGUGCUUCCACUAUCACACAAUUCCAUUGUUGUCCAAAAACUAUUAAAACGCAUGAAGCAGCUUUACUAUUUUGUCCGGAUAAACACAGGCCCUGUCCAGACCUGGCAUCAUCUGUUUCAGGUGAUCUGUUUGCUCAGCACAUUUAGAGAAGUGUUGGACAUGUGGCCACAUUCCUAUACGGAUAACAGAACUUCCUGUAGACCCACACUGACUAACAACAUUAUUUGGUCUUCAUGAACAGAAAUGUAUGAUUAUAACUGGACAUGCAUUUUAUUGCCAGGUGAACUGAUGAAAUCAGAGCUAAACACACUAGCUUGGACCACCAGAGACCGUUAUUAUAACCAGAUCUGAAAAGGUUCUCAGUGUUAUUCUUGCCAAACUAACAAAGCAGCAGAAACAGAUGUUUGCAAGUGCAUGUCAUCUGCUAAUGCUUCUCAAGAUGAAUUCUUGUUUUAAACAAACUCAUAGAUUUACAUUUUACAAGUAUGGCUCUUGUAUAUUUUUUCAUUUAUCUUUUAUGUUACAGUUAAGCCUUGUCAGGCUGUAGCUACACAGAUCCAACUUUUCAGCAUGCUGAACUAAUUGUUGGUUAGAGCCUAUUCAGGGAAAGUGUCAGUUAUAAAGAGGUGGGGUAAUUUCAAUUGUCCUUUUUAAUCUGAAUUCUCUGUAGAGGUCACUUGCAUUUGUUAUUUUAUGUUUUUUUUUGUUUUUUGUAUAUCCUGGUGGUUGAUCUUAAAAGGAAAAAUGGAGGCUGUGAUCAAAAAGAAUGUAUUCAACGCUUGGGUGUACCUGAAAGAGCAAAAGUGUAGAAGUUUUAUCCAUGUUGCCAAGAUACAGAUUGGUUGAUAACCUGGGUGUGAUGAUUGAACUUAUUCAGUGGAGACAACAGAGGACACCAGAACACAGGACCCCUCAUCCAAACAGCUCUCACUGGGAUCUGGGAGACAUUAGGCAGGUUAGCUGAUAAGUGAUUUUUCAGUCCUAGAACAUCAUGACAGUGGCACACAAAGACAAAUGCAAAAAGACAGAGCAACCUGGUCCAGUGACUCUCUUGAUCAGGGCUGACAGGUCUAAUGAAUCCUGAUCCCUGUUGUAUGUCGUAUUGGGGUGUGGCGCAAACAUAAGAGGGGGCAUUUGAUUCCAGAGCGGAGCUGAACACGUGUUCUUCCAGCCACCCCCUUGCUUCAACCCAAAUCUUUAUCUCUCAAUGAGACCUUUUUUUUUUUUUUUAUGUCUGUAGUGACGGAAUUGAGCAUGUGCAAUCACAUACUCGAUCAAUCACUGAGAAACUUGGGUCAGAUUAUUUGAUAGGCUGUUAAUGAAAGUUGCAAAAAUUGUCUAAUACUGCCCCUCGAAUUCCAACUUGAAAUGAGGAGUUGCCAGAUUUUGUUACAUGAGCCGAAUCAUUUGAGUUUAGCUUCUGAAGAAGUGGAAUCAUUAGAGAGAAAUAGGUCAGAAUGAUGAUGUGAGGGCUGCGAUGUGUCAUUCACAAUUACUGGAGACGUGGUGCACUUCACUUGAAUACUAGGUUUUUCAUGGACAGUGACUGAACAAAGGCCUGGACAUGUUCACAGGUGUCUUGUGAUCUCAGCCUCAACAGUUCCUACACCAGACUCAAACUGUCCCACAGUUCCCUGGCUUUGUGUGCGGGCACUUGUUUGAGUGAGUGUGUGUGUGUGUGAGAAAGACAGAGAUAAUUAGUUUGUAGAUCUGAGGCCUGUUUGUAGUUGACAGCCUUUUUUCAAUGCAGGAACUCUGAAGCACCUGCAGCAAACUGUGGGAUGUGCACACUACAGAAGCGUGGUACUUAUCAAGGGCAUUUCAGUUUAAUGAGAUACGACGAUGAUCUUUGUUUGUUUUACAAUUCACCCGGCCACAUCUGCAUUUUGUUUUGCCUCAAUAAUUUAGCCGUAUGCAUGCUAACUCUGUCCAUCAAGGGAAAUGCUCUGAUGUGGUAUGGCAUUAUGAUCUUUGAAACCAUUUCAUGAACCAUCUUUGUUAUUAUUUUUUUUAUCCAAUGUUGCAUGUGGAUGACUGAGCUAGUCCAGAGUAGGUUUGCGUUCAAAACCAUAUUAGAAGACUAGAGACUUAAUGUAAACAAAACACUAAAAAACUAAACUAAAAAAAUUAGGAUGAAAGGAGAAUAUGGCGUCAUUUGUCCUUCUCCUUCGGCCGUAAACAUGUGUGCCUGAAAUACUUUGCAAGAGUUUUCCUCAUGUCAAUGCUUCCUCCUCUAGAUGUGCUGUAUGAUGGAACAGUUUUGUGAAGGAAGCCUUCGUCAUUUUAGACAGCUGAUGGCCACGGUCUCGCAACCAAACAAUAUUAUGAUUAGCUUUUAGUUUUUUUAUUAUGUUUAAAGCUAAUGAUUGUGACGUUAUCAUAUUCGCUUUAAGAACAACCUUGAAACAUGAAUUGCAAUCUUAAAGUCGAGGUCAUAAAUGUAUCAGUUACAUUCAACCAUGUGGUUUAUGUUUUUAAUUUGACUCCAAGCUAAUGUGAAAGCAAACCAUUUAUAGGCCAAACUAUGAUUUGGCAGAUGAUUCUUAUUUUCUGUGAAGUUUGUAUGAUGAAUUUGGCAGAUGUGAAGGCAAAUGAAUGUAUAUCUUUGUACAAACCAUUUAGUUCAGAGGACAUGUUAGUUAUGACAGACAUGCAAGAAAAAAAUAACCUUUUAUAAAUCUUUUUGUAUUAGAACAUUAACAAUGGUAAUUUUGUAUAUACGAAGGCUAGGCUUUCUGAUUAGCAGAAAGGUAAAACAUUCCUACAUUUUUUUUUUAAAUGUAUGUCCAUUGAGAAUAAUUAUGUAAACAUAUGCCCAAUGUUUUUUAUGUGCCUUUUAUUUGGGUUUGUCUAAAUAGAAGAAAACAAUAAAACAUGAUUUUGGAGCCUC